CGAUCACCAGCAUGAAGUGGAGUCCCAGCGGUCAGAUCUUGCUGACUUGUGCCAAAGAGGAGACGGUGAAGCUUUGGUCCGGUCCGGACUUCCAGUCUGACUCUGGACCCGGCUGGCACUGUCUGCAGAGCAUCAGACAGCCGUCACUGGUUAACAGUGUGGCCUGGUGCAGCCUGCAGGGACGAGGCCCGAAACCACUCAACAUGCUCGCCAUAUGCUGUCAGAGCGGUCUGGUUUCCGUCUGGACCGUCCCUCAGAUCGUCUCCAACUUCAAAGAGUCCUCUGAAUCAGAGGGAUGGUGGGAAAAUGAAACAAACCCUAAACUUAUGUCUUCCCGGUGGUCAGAAGGUGGAGCGACGUGUGUUUUCCAGCUGAAGGGUCACAUCACUCCGGUCCGGACGCUGGCCUUCAGCCCCGACGGUCUGGCUCUGGCAUCUGGAGGAGUUGGAGGCCUCAUGAACAUCUGGUCCCUGAGGGACGGGUCAGUGAUCCAGACAGUCGUAGCCGGUUCGGGAGCGAUCCAGAACAUCGUCUGGAUCCCAGAUGUGGGCGUCGCCGUCUGCUCCAACAGGUCAAAGGACGUGCUGGUGGUGAACAGCUCCAAAGAGUUCAUGGCGUCCAACCACGUUCUGGCUACUUGCCGCACGGCUCUGAAGAAGCAGGGCGUCGUCGGCCUCAACAUGGCGCCCUGCAUGAGGGCCUUCCUGGAGAGACUUCCUGUCAUGCUGCAGGAGCAGUACGCCUACGAGAAGCCCCACGUGGUCUGUGGCGAGCAGCUCGUCCACAGCCCUUACAUGCAGUGCCUCGCCUCCCUGGCCGUCGGUCUCCACCUGGACCAGCUCCUGUGUCGGCCCCCCGUCCCUCCCCUCCUCCGUCACUGCCCUCCAGAGUCCGGCACGGCGGUGUGGAGCGCCAGCGAGUGGGCGUGGCUGGACUGCUUCUCCACCACGGUGAAAGCGGCCGAGGCCCUGGCUCGAGGCGCCACAUUCCCCGAGGCGUUCUCCGUUCCCGACCUGGAGCCCGUGCCUAAAGAUGAGAUGGCUCUGCUCAUGGAUAACAGUAAAUGGGCGUCUGGUAUGGAUGAACAGAUCAUGUCCUGGGCCACGUCCAGACCUGAGGACUGGCACCUCGGAGGGAAGUGUGACGUGUUUCUUUGGGGAGCAGGUCGACACGGACAGCUGGCCGAGGCCGGUAGAAACAUCCUGGUGCCGACCACCGCCCCGUCCUUCUCUCAGGCACAGCAGGUGGUUUGUGGUCAGAACUGCACCUUCGUGAUCCAGCCCAACGGGACGGUGUUGGCCUGCGGAGAGGGAAGCUACGGCCGGCUGGGACAAGGCAACUCUGACGACCUGCACGUCCUCACCGUCAUCUCAGCUCUGCAAGGUUUUGUCGUGACACAGCUGGUGACGUCAUGCGGCAGCGACGGCCACUCCAUGGCUCUGACGGAGAGCGGCGAGGUGUUCAGCUGGGGAGACGGAGACUACGGCAAGCUGGGACACGGCAACAGCGAUCGCCAACGCCGACCGCGACAGAUCGAAGCUCUGCAAGGAGAGGAAGUCGUACAGAUGUCUUGUGGGUUCAAACAUUCGGCGGUGGUAACAGCCGACGGGAAGCUUUUCACAUUCGGUAACGGUGAUUACGGACGACUGGGUUUGGGAAACACCUCGAACAAGAAGCUACCGGAGAAAGUCACGGCGCUCGAAGGCUACCAAGUCGGACAGGUUGCUUGUGGUCUGAAUCACACUCUGGUCGUCUCUGCCGAUGGGAUGAUGGUUUGGGCUUUUGGUGACGGAGGAUUAUGGAAAACUUCGGACUUGGUAACUCACAGCCAAGUCGUCUCCUCAGAAAGUUGACGUGUUGUGUGGGAAUCACAUCAAAAAGUGGCGUGUGGGACGCAGUUCUCUGUGGCUUUAACCAAAGAUGGCAAAGUGUUCACGUUCGGCCAAGACCGGCUGAUCGGGCUGCCAGAGGGCCGAGCCAGGAACCACAACCGUCCGCAGCAGGUGCCGGCGCUGUCCGGGACUCACAUCCAGGACGUUGCAGUGGGAGCCGAACACACGCUGGUGCUUUCAUCCACGGGAGAC